CAGACUGUUUUCUGGACUAGAGCAUCGGUUACUAUUGUGGACUAGAACAAGCGCCGCGGCCGGUAGUUCCCGCGUGCUAUGUCCACAAUGGGAACUCUUUGCCAAUCAAAAUCAGUGCGGCGAUCUGAAGGCAGAUGAAUCCAAGUUCUGGCCUCUUAACUUAGGAAAUAUGAAAGAGAGCGGUCCUGCUCUCCCUUAAACGUGAGCAGCAAGCACCUGGAGGGAUUUCAAGUAUCUCUCCCUAUUGAUCAACCAUGGCCAAUCGAACACAACAAGCUGAACUUGCCGCUGAAGAAACAGCACUGUUCAACGCAAGCGUUGAACAAUAUUCUUUUGCGGUCGGACUGUGUUUGGUCGUGUACGACAUUCUACUGACAACUCCCGACGAGGUUCGGCUUAUCUGGAAGACACCACGCUCGUUCAUCAAAUAUCUAUACUUUUUCAAUCGUUAUGUCGCACUGGUCCUCUUCUUUCUGGUCGUGUAUGCGCCUGGAGCUGUCUUAUGGGUAUCAGGCCUGAAUAUGUGUGGGGUGUGCGGCAUGCCGCCUUAUCUUUGGGUGGACUGGCCUUCCAUGAUCCUGGUCGAAAGCAUUGUGUGCGCCAUGAUCACCUACAAGACUGGGGAGCAUGCUCGGAGUGGAGCGCGCACGCCUCUACUGAGUGCAAUGCUGCGGGAUGGGUGGAUCUACUAUAUUGCUAUGCUUCUGGGGGAAAUUACAAACCUCAUCAACUUCACGGUAGCACCAGACUCACUUUACUUCUUCGCUCUUUUCCCGUUUUCGGCGCUGUCGACGGUGGUAACUUCGAGGAUUUAUCUGAGCCUUAGGAACGUGACAAAUCCCAAGGAGUGGGAAGCCGCAACGAUCGUCGCGAACAACGUUGGAUUGAAUGCGUCAAACCCCUUACCAAAUCCUCAUCUGGCGUUCCCGAGGCGAGAAGCGCCGCCGCGCAUGGCUAGAACAUCGCACAGUACAAGUGACGGAGCUCUUGAAGUAGAGCUUGGAGAUCUGGAUGAAUGGAGUAUCUAG